AUGUCCAUGAGUGUCAGCUGCUCUGCCACCAGCCUGGGAGGGAAGGACAAAGUCACCCUCCUCUCAAAAUUAAAGGAUAGUACUGAAGGAAAAGCAGUGAGAGAAGGUGAAACAUAUUACACACUUUAUAAAAGAGAAGCAAAAGCUGAAGAAAAUUUCCAAAAUCCAUCUGCAUUGGGAACUGCAAAUUCUUGGCAAGGUUUCCUUCCUGUAGUAAGCAAUGCAACUUCCUUUGCAGAAAGUGCCUGCAGUUUCUCCACAGUAUCUACUCCAGCUGUUAGCACUGCUGGGGUCCUACCUUCAGUUUCUGGCACCUCUUAUCAACCACUUCUGGGUAGUUCCUACCCUUACCAACAAAUUAACACAGGAAUGCUGUCUGAAGUGUCUGGCCAGAACCGCACAUUCACUUCAGCUGCUUCCUACUCCAGUAGUAUUCAGUGGGAUAUUACUGGAAGUGCUCAAGUGAAGUCCUCUUCCACUGGAGGCUUCACUAUGACUAUCACUGACCAAGACAUAGCUGUCUCUGUCAUGUCAGUGGUAACUCAGUAUCAUACCACCUCACAUACCACCAGCACAGUGCCUCUUUCCACAUACCCGUCCCUUAGUGACAGACGAGUCAAGAGGACACAUCAGGGUCCACAUCAGAGUCAGAGCCUGUUGCUUCCCUACCAGGAAGGGAGCCAGGUGCAUUAUUAUAAUCAGGGCAACCUGAGGCCUCUCCUGUCUGAAGAACUUGGUAACUUUUUGCAAUCCUAUGACUCCAUGUCAUAUACAGGAGGUAGGGGCUCUGCCCUCCAAACUUACAACUCAACCCCAGAUAAGGUCAUGGUACUAAAGGAGGUCCAGCCCACAGAUAACUUACCGCUGGCCUCCACCUCUGGAUUCUACAACUCUGCAUCUGCUCAGCCCAUCACCCAAUCAAGAUUUCAAGUGAUGGAUUCCCUGGGAACACAGACUUCCCUAGGAUGGCAACCUGCAAGUCAGACAUUUUGUCUGACACAGAAUCCAGAUUCCUCCAAGUCGAGCAGCAAUAAGAUAGAACUAUAUAAGAAGAAGCCACCAGAGCUUGAGGAUAGUUCUAUGAUAGCUCCAGUGCAAAGUAACCUAGCACUGUAUCCUGCUCCAACGCAAGAUUCACCUGAGAACAAUAUAGAUGUAAUCAAAAUGGAAGAUUCGGAUUCUCUGGAUUCCUACCCAAAUGCAAUAGCAAACAAAGAUCCUUUGCUUUGCCCUGUCAAAAGCCCUGAUCUACACCAAUUUCUAUCCUGUUUUGACUCUCUGGACCAAGAAAAGCAGGGCCUGGGAAAGAGUAUAAUGUGCAAUGAAGAUGGGGGACCACCAAAAAGUGAGACACAUUCUACUAGCAGUCUGGGAGACAUCACCACCUGGGAAGAUAUAGAUUGUCCCUCCCUCUUUGAGUCCUUGCAAGACCUAGACCAACCCAACUCUCUCCAGAAUAUCGACAUCAAAGUAAACAUCACACAUGAGGUGCAACAAAACCCAAGUGCCAUGAGAGACCCCUGUGGUCCACCCAGGAAAAACAAAACUAAGGCUUCCAAACCCCUAGAGAGUGAACCCCAGAAUAAAAUCCAACGAAAGAAUGAAGAUGACCAGUUGGGGGAGGAAGUGAGAGUUUCCAAUUCCAUGGUUGUAGCCAGAGAAAGGUCUCUUGCUAUGUCCACACAUAAUAGCCAACAACAGAAAGUGACACCCAACAGCAGAAAGGCAAAGAGCCAGGGGCAGCCAGAGACAAAUAGGGCUAGAGAGAACAAGACAAAGAAAGUGAAUAAAACGAGGCUGACAGGGCCCAAAGGAGAGGCAGAAGGGAAGACAGCUACUGCCCAGACCAAGCGUAAAAGAAAUCCCCCUGAUAUUAGGCAAGAGUCUUUGAAAAAGCCCCGAAGCUCCCUCGGCCACCACAUGCUGGAGUCUGUUCAGGUUGUUCAUGCCUUAAGAAAAAGGAGAGAUCCAACACCUAGACUCUCUUCUCCUAAAGUUCAGGGAAACUCCAAUAAGACAAAAGGCUUCCAGGCAUCCUCUGUCAAACCAAGACCACAUGGUACACCUGAGGAAAAAGGUAUUGAGAAACCUCAAAUCAAAUCCAAAAAAAGUAGCAGCAAUGUGGAGAAAACAGUUCAUCUUCCAUUUAUGAGCUGCCGCCCCCGGGAAAGGAGGCCAAGACCACAAACUCGGGCUGCAAGAGUUCCUGUUGCAUCUCAGCCUGCCCGGCCUGGUUCUUCCACUGUCACUGAACCAACUGCUGGCAAGUCAUCCCGGCCAACUCCUUCCUGUUUGGCAGAUUCUGGCAGACCAACUGAAGCCUUUUCAGCCAAUGCACCUCAAGCAGCUUUGAUGAAACCAACAAGCCCCCCUAUUGAUCCAUCUGAAACAUCUAGACCUCCUCCAGUUCAAGCAACAUUCUCUUCUCUCCAGAGGGACUCUCGCAUUAAACCUGUGACCAAGGGCCAGACUCUACCUAAGAGUCAAAAUAAGUAUUUACUACAUGACUUUAGUGCCCGACGAAUUCCCUGGAGAGAGCCCACUGUACCAGAACCAGUGAUGUCAAGACCUAUCACCAAUGAGGAGAGGCCCAAGCGUGAGGCCAUGAAAAGGAAGACUCAGGGAGCGGGAGCUUGCUGCUAA